AUGGCGACAAGAUCCGUCCCCAACCUUUCGCUCGAAGCAGCGCAAAUAGCCGCUCAGGCGGCGCAAGAGAAGGCGAGGUCGAUGGGUAUUGAUUUCAAUAUCGCCCUCGUUGACGCCUCGCUCUACCUCCUCCACUUCGUCCGCAUGCCGAACGCGAAGCUCACAUCCAUCGAUAUCGCCGUUAACAAGGCUUUCACAGCCGCGGGUCACAGAGUGCCUACUUCGACCUACACUACGCAAACGAAGAACUUCUUACCUGGCGGACCGGGAUACAGCAUUCACAAUAGCAACGGUGGGAGGUUCACGUUGAUUGGAGGCGGAGUGCCGAUCGAAAUCGAGGGAACUGUUGUUGGUGCCAUUGGUGUCAGUACAGGGACGCCUGCACAGGAUACGGAAGUUGCGACAGCGGGAGUGGAUGCUGUAUAUGCUUGGCUGAGAAAGAAGCAGGGUUCGAAGCUAUGA